UAAAUGAGUCAUUAUAAAUUAGAAAAAUAUUUUCAACUUGUUUAUGGCCCUUAAGAAACCAAGCACAACGAGAACGUGUAUAUUAUUUUAAUAUUAUAUAAUGGAAAACACAAAUAUACCCUUCUUAACAUAAAGGCAACAAAUCUCUGCCUUCACUCGUCAACACCUAACAGUAUAAAAGAUCAUUCCUCCCAAAACCCCUUAUUCCCUUCAAUUUCAACCAUUUUCUUCUUUCUCUUCCAAAAUUUGACCUAGCCGCAACUACCGAACGCCUCGGCAAAACAGCGUUCACAACUCCGCUGCACUCACAGUCGCGCCACCGCGACUCUCGCUCUCCUGUUCCAGCACAAAAUGGAAGGUGGAGAUAAACUGAUUCUAAAGGGAUUGAGUUUCUAUGGUUUUCAUGGAGCAUUGAAGGAAGAAAACACGCUGGGGCAGAAGUUUUUUGUUGAUAUAGAUGCUUGGAUGGAUCUCAAACCAGCAGGAAAAUCUGAUAACUUGUCUGAUUCUUCUGAUUAUGUUGAAAUAUAUCGUAUAGCUAAGGAUGUUAUUGAAGGACCAGCUCAAAAUCUUCUGGAGUCAGUGGCCCAGAAAAUUGCAAUCUCCACUUUGAAACUUCACAAAGAGAUAUCUGCUGUUCGUGUGAAGGUUGGAAAGCCUCAUGUGGCAAUUCCGGGUCCGCUUGAUUACUUGGGUGUUGAGAUUUUGAGACGCAGAAGCGAUUUGACAGAUUAGAACUUUCAUAUUUAAUGAUGUGUUUUUUUUAUGUUCUUCAAUUCUAUUUGAUACAAUAAUAUUACUCUUCCUGAGCAUACCGUCAGAUCAAAAAAAUGCAGUGAGAUACUGUUAUUUUUUAACUGAAGAGUAUAUCCGAGUAAAGUUUAUAUGUAAUCCUGUUAAUUUAUAAAUUAUUCUGUAAUUCUUUCCUCUUUCA